AAGCGCAACAACCACAUAACCACCUAGUUCUCGGACUGAACAAACCAUUAGUGAGCUGAAUCGGUCCAAGAUGUCACAAACGAAAGACGAGAAGCCUGUCCAUACCAUCAUCCUUGACGCCUCGCCCCUCCUCCUCAACACUCCCGGCAUCUCCACCCUCCUAGCCAACGGCCAUGUACUGGUGACGACCCCUUCAGUCCUAGCAGAAAUUCGGACCGAAGAAGCAAGAACAAGAGUAGAAACGCUCUACAAGCCGUUUCUCGAGAUCAGAACGCCGAAGCCAGAAAGUGUCAAACACGUCAGAGAAUUUGCCAGGAGAACUGGCGACGGCGCAGUACUCAGUCAGACUGAUUUCGAAGUGAUCGCAUUGGCCUACGACAUCGAGUGUGAGCGGAAUGGCGGCGAUUGGAGGUUACGUGCGGCGCCUGGCCAGAAGAGACUGAACGGUAGUCCGCCUCAGACGACAAGGGAGCAAAGCGAUGGAACGAUCGACUCAAAACCCGAAGAUGCCACCACAGAGUCCGCCGUAGGAGGGGAGAAGGACGCAGACGACGCCCAGGCUUCCCAAAAUGAACAGGGGCUAUCAGAAGACCUAGCGAGUCAGGUACAGUCCCUGGAUCUACAAGAUGAAAUGACGGCGCAGCAACAACCGGAGCAAGAAAUUGAGACGGUUGAGGAUGGCGAUGCGGAGCAAGACGGCGAGACUCGAGCAGAUGAGGAAGAGCCUGACUCAGAUGAGGGUUGGAUCACCCCAUCCAACAUCAAGAAGAAACAAGCGAAAGACGAGGCCGCAAACACCAAGUCGAAAUCGGAAACAAAACAUCUACAAGUGGCCACAAUGACAGGCGAUUUUGCCCUGCAGAACGUUCUCCUCCAAAUGAACUUGAACCUGCUGUCAAGCAGGACUUGCCAGAAAAUAUCACAAAUCAAGCAGUUCGUCCUUCGAUGUCACGGCUGCUUUGGAACAACCAAGGAGAUGAACAAGCAAUUCUGUCCUCGUUGUGGACAACCGACUUUAACCCGGGUUAGCUGCACGACUAACGACAAGGGCGAGGUCAAACUCCAUCUCAAGGCAAACAUGCAAUGGAACAACAGGGGAAAUGUGUACUCGAUACCGAAAGCCAUCCACGGAAGUGCGAACCAGAAAUACAAAGGCCCCAGACAGGGUGGGGGUCAAGGUGGUUGGGGCGAUGGCCUGAUAUUGGCGGAAGACCAGAAGGAGUAUAUCAGAGCCAUGACGAACAUGAAGCGGACCAAGGAGAAGGAUCUGAUGGAUGAAGACACCCUGCCCAGCAUCCUCACGGGAGACAGAGGACAGAACUCGGGAAGGAUGAGAAUCGGAGGAGGCCGCACUAUCAAUUCGAGGAAGCGGUAGUGUUGUAGAAUUCGAACUAAUGAAGCGAUGACCGACCACAAUUCUGCUUGGGUAUUCCUGUAAAUGCUUUUGACGCCAGACACCUUGACUCCAUCCAUUCCUCUAUCGAAUCAUUUCUUCUCUUCUUCUGCAACCGGAUUAGUGCUUGCCCGGGUACAGUUGGAUAUGGUCGCACAUACUUUGUUGCGUGAGGAGGAGACCGUAUCGCUUUUUGAGCG